GCCUUCGUCUUCUAUAUCUAUAAAGCGUCUCGUCGUCAGUUCGAUUCCGUUCCUCGACCGAUUAAGACGCUCGCGCGCUGUUUGAAACCGCUGCUCGAAAAAACGCGCAACGUGCAAAUUGAAACGCUACCAUAAACGAUUGAACAUAGUCGUAUCAAACAAAUUGUUUAUUGUUGCUUAAUAAGUUUAUAUUCAUUUGUAUGCUAUCAAAUAAAUAAACAUAGAAGUACAAAAAAUCAACAAAACUAACACAGAAGGCACAAAGUAAAUAAUUAUUGAAAAGACAAAAGCUUGGUGUUAAUUAAAUUCAAAAAAAAAAAACUAUAUGAAAAUUGAGUCAAGAUUGUAAAAUACGCAAGAGUUGACUUCGUGGACAAUCGUAAAAUGUUCAACUAGAAAAUCAUUGGAAAUGGUCAAUCAAGCGUCAACAAUUCAAGGCGGUGGACGUUCCCCGGUGCCAAGUCCACAAUUAUCACAUCGCAAUGUUUUGCACUCCAAUCAAAUUGAUAACGAGAGAACUGGAAGCAUUAGGAGAGCAGCGACACCAUAUGCGACAGUGGCAGCUCCUAGCAGCGAUAUCAUUGGCGAUGUUGUGGGCAACUUUGGCAUCUGGCAGCUGCGAACCAUCCUGAUCAUCUUUCUGUGCAAGAUUCCCGCCGCUUGGUUCAUGGCCUGCAUCAUCUUCACGGCUCCCGAGCUGUAUCCCCGCACGGAGUUCACCUGCGAUACGAGUUACCUCAACAGCAGCUCCAACUACAGUGUCUCGGAUAACCAGUGCCAAGUGUUGGACGAGAUUACGAGCAGCAGCAGCGAAUGCAAGCAAUUCGAGUAUGUGUCCAGCUUCGAUUCACUCAUCAUGCAAUUCAAUCUGGUGUGUCUGAGGGACAUCUUCAUUGCCUGGACACAGUACUGGCAUCUGUUUGGAGUGCUUGUCGGUGGAGUGCUGGGCACCAAGAUGAUGCUGGCCAUUAGUCCGCGUAGCACCUACUGUGUGGGUGCGAUUGCCCAGAUCCUCUGUGGCGUUGUCACUGGAUACGCCCGUGACUUCAGCCUCCACUGCGCCUUCCGUUGUCUCUCGGCAGUGUGUUGUGCCGUCAUGUUCACCGCUGGACAGGCCAUAUUUACCGAUAUAACCGCUGGUAUGCAUCGCAUUGGCGCUAUUAUACUGUACGAUACCUUCUGGUCCAUUGGCGUCAUCGUGCUGCCCACAUUGUCGUCCUUCUUCAACAGCUGGUCACUGAUCUAUGUGGGCAUUACAUUCCCCACAGUUAUGCUGAUUGUCCUGUUGUACUGGACACCAGACUCACCGCGCUGGCUGCUCAGACACGCCUCGGAUCGCCAGGCGAUCGAUAAUGUGGAGCAGAUGGUGCGUGAGGGCGCUGAGAUCAAUGAUCGUUGCUUCAAAAUACCGCCAGACUUCAGGCUGCAACUGGAGCUGCUCAGUGAGAAGCUGAAGGCACAGCCAGCAGCUGCACCCUGGACACAGUUGUGGCAGGGUAAACGAGCCAAGACCCACAUGGUGGCCUCCCACUUGGCAUUGGCGUUCUUUGUCAUCAACUUCAUGGGCAUGCUUCUCAAUAUACGAUCCUUUGGCAGAGAUUAUCUGGUGCCCAAUACCAUAGCUAUGGGUUUCUCAGAGAUAAUUGGAUGCUUUCUGGCGCUGCAUUUCACCCUGAAGCACAACAAAUGGAAGUGGCAAUGUGCUGGCACCUUCAACAUUCUGGCCGGGAUGCUGGGCUGUCUAGGUUGGCUCUUCACUGGCGCGGACUCAAUGAAUGCUGAUCUGAAGGUGUCUUUGUGGAUGAUCAUCGCGACCAUACCAAAGGCUGCGGUCUCCUGUGCCCAGUCCAUGCUCUUGGCCUGCAUGAAUGAGCUGGUGCCGGCCAAUAAGAAGCAACUCUUUGUAUUCUCCGUUGUCACUUGGGCACGUGUGUGGCUCCUCUCGGCACCGUUCUUCAACGUACUUAAGAAGAUCGAUACGGCACUGUCCCUCACCUCCUACUGCGUCUUCAGCAUACUCGGAGGCAUCUGUACCUGCCUGCUCCUAACACCUCGGACCAGCACAGUUCCUGUUGUGCCCCAGUUGGAGCAGCAGGACAAGAAGGAGCAAUCGCCAUUGAAUGCGCCAGUCUGGACGAUAGAGUCCGAUGUGCAUAAUACACGCUUAUAAGUAUCAGGAUCGGUUGCAAGAUUUUAAAAGUAGCUAAUAAAACUCAAUUCUCUGUGAUUUGCACAAUCUUAACAAA